AUGGCUGCACCGCAGCCGGACUGCAAGCGGGCGAGCGGGGUGGCCCCAUCUUUAGGAGCGGCUGAGGAGGGGGGGCCCGGCGUGGCGGCUGAAAGCUUCCCUUCCCCGCAGAGCGAGGUUUCGGUUUCUUGGAGACCCUCCGCGGAGUUUGCUGGCAACGUGUACAGGGGAGAGGGGAUCCUGCCUGCCAGCCCCCACGACGUCUGGGAGUGCAUAAAGCCGGUGGCCGGCGGGCCCAGGACCAAGUGGGACCAAAACGUCAAGGACUUCGAGGUGGUCGAAGCCGUCAGCGAUACUGUCUCUAUAUGCAGAACCACAACUCCUUCAGCUUUCAUGAGGAUUAUUUCACCAAGAGAAUUUGUGGAUGUGGUACUAAUGAAGCAAUUUGAAGACGGGACGAUGCUGUCUGCUGCCACCAAUGUGGAACACCCGCUGUGUCCUCCUCAACCAAAUUUUGUGAGAGGUUUUAAUUACCCCUGUGGCUGUUUCUGUAUACCUCUUCCAGGGGAGCCAGACAGGACUCAACUCCUCAGUUUCUUUCAGACUGAUCUUGGUGGCUAUCUUCCCCAGACGGUGGUGGAUUCCUUCUUUCCAGCUAGUAUAGCUGGAUUUUACAGUAACUUGACCAAAGCUGUUAAGGCAUUAAAAGCGUGACAAGACCAAUUGCUGACAUCACCAGAUGAGGGUAGGAAAAAACCUGGCAGCUUGAGGGUAGAAGUAGGAAGUUGGCCUACAGGACUUUUCUACCAGCGAAGACACUUAGGAAAG